CAUAUCGUCGUCGGCACUAUUCUGAAACACCUUCGGGAGAAGUCGCGAUUUUGUAGCAAAAAAAAAACUGAAUUUUAGGUGACUCUUUUUCAAGUAUCACGUAAUUCGCACAGUGUCCAAACAAUGAGCCACCGAACAGUGGACGAGAAAAUGGACAUUGACAGUGAUGGCCCAACUGUGGCCUCGUCAUCCGCUUCGGGAACCGGUUCCGCGACAGCAGCGGGUAUAUCGGUAACCUUACCUCUCAGCAAAGUUCAGACCGGUGAGUCGCGUAACGUUAUGGCCGGAAGUGCCACCGUUCCGUCUGUGACCUGUUCGCUGCACCCCCUGGUAAUUAUGAAUAUUUCCGACCACUGGACACGAAUCCGGGCGCAAAAAGGCUUCAAAUCGCAGGUUUUCGGCGCGUUGAUUGGAAAACAGAAGGGACGGAACAUUGAGGUGAUGAAUUCUUUCGAGCUAAAGUUUGAAGUAGUAAACGACGAGGUGCACAUUUUGAUGGAUUACUACAAUGUGAAGGAGCAACAGUAUAAGCAGGUUUUCAGCGAUUUGGAUUUCCUCGGUUGGUACACAACUGGUUCCGUUCCAUCCGAGAAGCACAUCAACAUUCAUAAGCAAAUAUGUCAGAUAAACGAAUGCCCAAUUAUGCUACUGCUGGACCCGACCAGUCGUAAUAUGAACCAGCUCCCGAUUUCGCUCUACGAAUCCGUGAUCGAUAUUGUGCAGGGCGAUGCGGUGAUGCUGUUUGUGCCGUUAACAUAUACCUUGGCUACCGAGGAAGCUGAAAGAAUUGGCGUGGACCAUGUUGCUCGAAUGUCAACCAAUGAUUCGGACGAGAAUUCCACUGUCGCCGAACAUUUACUUGCACAGCACAAUGCCAUCAAAAUGUUACACUCGAGGGUUAAGAUUGUUCUGGCUUACAUCAAAGCAGUUGAAAGUGGUCAAUUAGAGGUGAAUCAAGAAAUACUUCGAGGAGCUUUUUCGCUAAGUCGCCGACUUCCGGUGAUUCAAAAUCCGACAUUCAAGGAUGAAUUUUACACGCAAUCGAAUGAUGUCGGUCUCAUCACUUAUCUGGGCGCAUUGACCAAAGUUUCAAAUGACAUGAAUCAACUGGUGAACAAGUUUAAUGUUUUGUACGAUCGUCAGGGCAUGGGUCGGAGAAUGCGUGGACUGUUCUUUUGAAUGUUUACUACCUGUGUGAGACUAGUAAU